CCCUCCUAAAAAGUAGCCGUCCUCGGGAGAAAAAGAAAAAGAAAAAGAAAAUCAUUUUAUCGUCCAAAAGCCGCAAUUUCAAAGGAAAAAAAAAAAAAAAAACUCUCAGGUAGAGUAAUUAGUGUGUGUAGGUCUUUAGAAGGUGAGAUUUUGGUGGAUUGAGAGAGAGCGCCAAGAUUAUGAUUCGGAAUUAAAUUAUAAGCCAUAAUUAAAGCGGCAGUUGUCAAAAGCCCUAAUUCGUUGAAUGAGUGUGCCAUUCUAGAGUAUAAUGCGGAUUUGAGGUCAUGUUUGGAUGAUUCAGCAAGUUUCACCCAAGUUUUGCACUCGCUAUUAAAAUGACAUCUCGAACUAAUGGAAUCCCAAGAGGUCAGAAGGGGAAAACUUUUCAGGGUGAGGGACCGAAUUGGAUUAUUAUUGCUGGUGGUGCCUUGUUAAGUACGUUGUCAAUUCGUCUUGGUUACAAGCUGAAGCAGACACUGGAUACAAAGCAACAGGCAAAUUCUAGUAAUAUUAUGAAAGGGAAUGAGAAAUCAUCUGACAGAAGGAGGACAGGUGGUUGCCAUAUGCAUUCAAACACAUUUUCUUUUACACAAGAUGACGAUGGUUGUUACAACUGCAUAUCUGGGAAUGAAGGUAUUGGAGAUUUGAAGCACCAGCCCAGUGACCAGAUGCUGUCUGAAUCUGAUGUUCCUCUUCCUUUGGUGACAGUUCCUGGCCCAGAAUUUACCAAGGAGAAUGGUAUUAUGUGGGUAUCAUCUCCUGAUCGACUUGAGUUGCCUCCAAAGCCAUUCCACCAUUCAAAUUGCUCUGACUCACCGUGUGUCUCAGAAUCUGGUUCCGACAUCUUCAGCAAGCGAGAAGUAAUACAGAAGCUGAGGCAGCAAUUGAAGAGAAGAGACGACAUGAUAAUGGAGAUGCAGGAUCAGAUUCUGGAAUUGCAGAGCUCGCUCAAUGCUCAGCUGACUCAUUCUAUGAAUUUGCAAUCGCAACUUGAUGCAGCUAACAGAGAUAUGUUUGAUUCUGAGAGAGAAAUCCAGCGGCUCAGGAAGGCAAUUGCUGAUCACUGCGUAAAACAUGUGGCCCCCAAUGAAAAGCCCCCUACAGUCCCUAUAUGGCCAUCUGAGGUUAGAAAUGGUCAUGCAAAUGGGUAUAUGGACGGAGAUGGUAGUUUUGAGCUGUCUGAAAAGGGAAAGGGAGAUGGGGAGAGGAUUGAGAUGCUAAAGAGAGAAGUAGGAGAUUUGAAGGAAGUAAUAGAGGGAAAGGAAUUCUUGUUGCAGAGCUACAAGGAGCAGAAGGCAGAGCUGGCAAUGAAGAUUAAAGAAUUGCAGCAAAGAUUGGAUUCUCAGCUCCCAAAUAUUUUGUAGGCAUAGUUAAUUAGGUCAUGUGCAUUCUUUGCUUGUGUUUCUUGUUCCUGUUCUUUGAUUCAAGGUUCCAAAUUUGGGAGAAGUUUUUUUCUUUCUCCUUUCUUUCCAUUGUAUCUUUGAUCUAGUUUGGAACGUUUGGUGCAUUUCCUGUGCUUGCUUUAAGUGUGCAUGUUGGGGGAUUAGAGAAAGAGGUAGAGAUUGAAAGGGGCAGGUGAAUGGCUGAUAUGUGGCUUGGAAAGGUUUUGCUUCUUUUAGAAAUCUGAAAAAGUUUUCCCUAGUAUAUUGCUUUCUUUGAUUUUUUUAUUUUUA